AUGAAGGAAGUCAGAUGGAUUCAAGCCACCAUCAUACUGGCGGUGGCCCUUUCUGCCUCAGUCAAGGGGGAGCAGGAGGAGGCGGACCUUAGAGUCGGCUUCCUUCAAGGCCCGCAGGAGGUCGACGUUCUCUUGCCAGUGGGGAGCCAACAGGUCUCCGUGGUCGCCGCGACAGACCUUCAGCCAUCUGCCACUGGUUACGGAGGUGGAAAAGGUCACAAGGCCGACAAGGGAUAUAAGGGCUCGUACCAUGACAAGGCCGGCUAUAAGGGUCACAAGGGACAUAAAGCCAACAAAGGCUACAAAGGCAGCCACUACGGCGACCAUGGAAAGGCCCACUACAAGGGAGGACAUCACCACGACAAAUACGGCCACAAGGGGCACCACGAGAAGGGCAAGUACCACGAUGACCACAAGGGCCACAAGGGCAAGGACUACAAGGGAGGCCACUACAAGGGAGGACAUCACCACGACAAAUACGGCCACAAGGGGCACCACGAGAAGGGCAAGUACCACGAUGACCACAAGGGCCACAAGGGCAAGGACUACAAGGGAGGCCACUACAAGGGAGGACAUCACCACGACAAAUACGGCCACAAGGGGCACCACGAGAAGGGCAAGUACCACGAUGACCACAAGGGCCACAAGGGCAAGGACUACAAGGGAGGCCACUACAAGGGAGGACAUCACCACGACAAAUACGGCCACAAGGGGCACCACGAGAAGGGCAAGUACCACGAUGACCACAAGGGCCACAAGGGCCACUACGGCGACAAAGGCCACUACGGACACAAGAGUUCCUACGGCAAGAAGGGAGGACACAAGGGAUCGUAUGGCCAUGACGACCACAAGGGAUAUGGCCACGACGACCACGGCCAUGGUGGAUAUGGUCACGAUGACCACGGCCAUGGUGGAUAUGGCCACGACGACCACGGUCAUGGUGGAUAUGGCCACGACGACCACGGUCAUGGUGGAUAUGGCCACGACGACCACGGCCAUGGUGGAUAUGGUCACGAUGACCACGGCCAUGGUGGAUAUGGCCACGACGACCACGGCCACGGUGGAUAUGGCCACGACGACCACGGCCAUGGCGGAUAUGGCCACGACGACCACGGCCAUGGUGGAUAUGGCCAUGAUCAUGGUGGUUACGGUUCACACUCUGAAGCCAAGCCAGUCGUCGCCUCAUCCUCGGCAAGCGCUUCGGACGCCGCGAGAGCACUUCCGGCCUUCGAGCACAAAGCAUUUAGUGAAACCUUUGAGCAGUUUGGAGAUUUUGCCAAGUUUGCAUAA